ACUACCUUUUUAUUUUGCUUAAGUAUCCCUUUGGUACUUAGGUCUGAAAUACAUUCAUAUGAGGAGCCUCGUCUCCGAUUAUUAAAUGAAAUAAAGUUUUAUUUACUACGUUAACUAUCAUCAAGAUUAUUAUCUUUGACAUUGUCUUGUCUUCAAAGUUAAGUUUUGUUUAAAUAUUUUCUCAGACAAUAUAUAAUAUAUAAAUAUGCCUGGUUUACCACCACCACCACCACCAAUGAUGGCCCCAGUUGAAAAAGCAUUUGUAUUGCCUGCUUCUGGCAGUGGCGAAAUGAGAAAUGCUUUAUUAGGUCAAAUUCAGAAAGGUCAAAACUGUCGAUCAAAGUAGUCCAAUUGUAGCUGGUAGAGUUGCUGGUAGAGAAGCUCCAGUUCUUUCACCAUUGAGGUCAAGAACAACAGAACCUUUAUCCAACAAAUCAUCACCAGACUCUCCUAAUUCAUCACCUGUUAAACCUCCAGGUGGAUUUGCAAAUCUUUCAGACGAACUUCAAUUCAAGUUAACAUUAAAGAAAAAUAAAAACUCACCAGUGAAGGAAUCAAACAUUUCACAAGAGAUAAAAGAGACAACGCCUCCAGCAUCGUCCAAUUCUUUUGUGAACGAAAUAAAACCGAUACAAAGUGUCAUUACUGAUCAUCAUUCUCCAUCACCUAGUAUAUCAGAUGCUAUUCUUAAAUUAUUAGCUAGUGACAUUAGUAUCUUAAAUGAUGUUAGUAAAAGGAAAAGUGUUGUGCGACAUCAAUCAAUGAAGUCGCCAAGAUCCCCUCGAGUUGGAGCUUCACCUUCUGAUAAUCACUUCGGCACAAUGAGGAUGAAUGUUAACAAUCAACAAAAGAUUCAAGAUGCGCUGAAUUUUCAAACGCCAAUGAUAAAGACUGGUGCACAGCGACCAAUAAAUAAGCCAUCACCACCACCAGUUCCCAAUCGUCAGCCUGGCACAAAUUUGACAAAUAAUCAUGAAAAAUCAACAUACGCUUUGAACUUGUCGUCAAAUGAACAUAACUUGUCAGUACCAAGACGAUUGCCUAGUUCGGGUUCUUCAAAUAAAAUAACAUUAGCAACUUUGAGCGUAGUAUUGAUGUGUCAGUUUCAACAGCACCACCUCUUCCUCCACAUAGAGUAAGUUCACAAAAUCACUUACGAAGUCAAAUGUCGCUUGUGGUAAUAGCAAAUACUCAAGCACCACCUGACGUUUCACGGAGACAUUCAUCAAUGAGAAACAGUAUUGAAAACGGUGCUAAUGGAAAAUAUCAAAAUUCAAACCAAUCAAUAACGAGAUUAGUAAUAGAUCUUGAAGCAAGAUAUUCUUUUCUUUUUCACAAUGUGUCGGGGUUUCCAUCGCCAAGGCCAUUUAUAAAUGUUGAAAAAUCUUAUCCUUCGAGAGCUGUUUAUCAGACAAGCAAAUGGAAUAUAAUUCUAAAGUGAUACUUAACAUUGUUUGAGGAGGAUGCAAUAUAGUAUUUUACAUUAUUAAUCUUUUAAUCUCUUUACGCAAUAAAACACAAUUAAGAUUUACCCCAUGUUUGUCUUAUCAGCUUAUCAGCUUUUCCUAUUAUUGAUAUUUUUUUUCCAAGUUCUUAUAUCUUAAAUUCGCUAAAUUUCUUUCUAAUUAAUUGUUCGAAGCUUUUUUUCUUAGAAAGAAAAAAAAAGUUCUUAUGAUUUUCUUAUCUAAGCAAUCAAAACAUGAUUUA